AUGUCUGGAUCACCCGACUCUCUUUCACCUCUGCGUGUUACAUCACCAGAUGCACCGGAACUACCAGCCAAAAAGGAUUCUUCUGAAGAGUACCCCUCAUCACUAAUCGACAAAGAUCAAGAGGAACUUCCCGAGACAGAGAAGGGGAAAAUUUCUGAAUUUCUGAAGAAGUUCAACUCCCUAUACAAUGAAGUAAUAGAAGAUCAUCACCAACAAGAAGAUCUGAUCGGAUUCUGCUUCAUUUUGAAGCCUUACAUCGACAGUUACAAGAAACAUCUCUUUUUUUGGAAUGAAAUUUUUAGCUAUUCAAGAAUUUGGACGUUUGUUCUGCAAGUCUUGGGGGAGACAAAAGAAGUUGCACUGAAAACCGAUGCCUUUUAUGUCUGUAGAGACAUUGCUGAACAAUGGAGUCAUUCGGACAACAGCGAAAGUGUUUUCAGAGGAAGAAGAGCGGAGUUUUAUGUUCAACGGACUCUCAGCAUUCUGGAAAUGGCGGAAAGCACCGAGAUCGUUUCGAUUGUCGAUAAUAUUCUUCAUUAUUUCGCAACGAGCAAUAAAGGGACGGAAUCCAUGAUCACUAAUGGAUUGUUCAGAAAAGUAAAGAAUCAUUUGAAAAGAGCAAGAAUGAGCAAAAACUUGGCUAUUGAGCUGUCACCCUGCCAUCUUUCCGAACUUCUUAAGAAUAUUGAACGCAAAAGAAGCAUGGUAGACUGGAUUAUCAAGAGGCUUCGGGACACCUCGUCUCCAAAAACGGAGCAUUGUGGAACAUUCUCCUAUUAUAGUGGCACUUGUUUCCUAGUUACAACCCUCGAAACGGUAAAUUGUGAUGACGUGAUUGCGAAGCUUCUGCGAGAUUACUAUCGUUCUGUUCGUCUUGGUGGCUUAUCUGUUCUGCAAAUUUUAUCAUGUGCAGUCGAAGCGUCCUACCAAAAUCCAGAGCACGCGAUUCACACUGGUGUCCUUUUUGAGUUUUUGGAAGGAAAGAACUAUGGAAUGGAUAUCGAGUAUAAACGAGGAGGAUUUACCAGUAUACUAAUGAAAUACAUUCUCAAAAAUGUUCCUGAGAUCACGGAGCUCUUCUCAUUCACUCAAAUUCUGAACGAUGAGCCCAUCUCAUCAAUCAUGCUUGAAACAAAGGAUGGAUUCGAGGAGGCGAUCCACUUCAAAGUGUUAUUGGAUCAGUUGGCGCCAUAUCCUCUUCUUCUGGCAACAGAUAAGAUGGAUACUGCGGUCUACAAGCUGAAAUCGUUCUGCACAAAAACGGUUGAAGGAGAUAAUGGACACGCGCUAGCAUUUGUCUGGAAAAAUGGUCGCUGGUGGAAGAUGAAUAGUGGACGAAAAGAAGCAACUGAUUUCAGUGUCACUUCGGUUGUGAACGAUAUCUUGAUUGCAAUUUACGAGAAGGAUGAGGAGACCAUGUGA